AUGGAGGCCAGGACGUUAACCAGACCGGCCACCACGCUGGCGACCCUCCUCCGCCAGCAGACCGCCGUCUCUGCUCCCCCCCGGCGAGGCCACAAGACUUUCUCCCGAACAAAGCGCUCCCUCAACAUCCCUCCCCACUCCGACUUCCUCCCCGCGGCCCCGGCCGCCGGCGACACAAUCAUCUACAACCCUCCUUCGGCCGCCCCCUCCGUCUACCACACCCCCUUCAAGUUCCUCCCGCCCUCCGACCCCCGCCGCCGCGCCAACCUCUCCUCCCUCUUCGCCAACUCCUCGGCAGCGACAUCACAAACGACGCCGUCGUCGUCGGCCGCGAGGCCCCUCCCCCCGGCCCUCAACGUCCCUUCCCGCGGCCCCAAGCCGCGCUACCACCUCUCCCGCGAGGACGUCGCCGAGAUCCGUCGCCUCCGCGCCGAGGACCCGGGCUUCUGGAGCGUCACCGCCCUCGCCCGCAAGUUCGACUGCUCCGAGACUUUCAUCACCAUCUGCACCCCCGCGCCCCGCGAGCACAAGGAGCGCCUCGAGCGCAAGCUCGAGGGCGUCAAGAGCCGCUGGGGUGCCAUCCGCACCAAGGCCCGCGAGGACCGCACCCGCCGCAAGGAGAUGCUCUUCCGCGGCGAGCUUUAA